GUUUCGUCUGCUUUUGGAUAAGCACUCGCCGUUGUCCACUGCCUUGUCCUCAACACGUUCUUUCGAGGAAGAACUAUGGAGUCUGCGCCGCAGGCAAAACUCACAAAUCCAUUCCCAUGCGCCUCUCCGUCUCCCAGAUGCCCGUAUCCACCGGAACCGAAGGCGAUACGGUCGACACGCCGCGGGUCCAGACUAGUAGCGUGUGGGAUUUCUAGGAGGAGAGCGGUUUCAGAGAUGGCUCUUCUUGGCGCCGCAACCUCUUGUGUGAAUCUACUCUCCGUGACCGUGCCGGUGCAGGCAGCAAUGCUGGAGCCUGAUGUUAUCAGGUACAGAAAGUUGGACAGUGGAGUAAAGCUUGAAGAUGUAGUCGAUGGCGAGGGGCCAGAAGCUCGGGAAGGCAAUCUAGUGCAGUUCAACUACGUCUGCCGCCGCGCAAACGGUUAUUUCGUGCAUAGCACGGUGAAUCAGUUCAGCGGCGAGAGUAAGCCGGUGACACUUCCACUCGACGGGCAAGAGAUGAUUAGAGGCCUGAAAGAAGUGCUAAUAGGCAUGAAAGCCGGAGGUAAGAGGAGGGCUCUGAUACCUCCUGAAGUAGGUUACAUUGACGAGAGCUUGCAGCCCGUGCCGGAGGAGUUCGGACCACGUCGGAGCCUGCUGUCGCAUGCCAAGGAACCACUGGUGUUCGAGGUUCAGCUGCUCAAGGUCCUAUGAUCAUCAUGUUGGGUCCAAUGAAGAUAGAAGAUGUUCUAUAUCUAUAGAGAACUGCACAUAUUUCUUUUUUCUGAACUUUCAUGUUCAAAUCCUUUCUGAACUUAAUUAGUUGAAAACGCGUUCAGAAAUUGGAUGAAAGGAAGAGACAAGGAGAAAGACUAUGAUUUUCUUAAGGACAACAUUAACAUCUAUUGUUCACAGAUA